AUGCAUCAAAAUUAUUAUGGCAAUAACUUAUUUGCACCGGAAAACUUCAAAUAUGUAGAAAUAAAUAAACAACCUGCCGCAACAUGCGAUAAUUUUCUCAAUGGAGUUUUAAAUGCUAAAAAUAUUUUAUGUAGUCUUGAGAGAAGUCUGAAAAAGACUCAAAACUACGAAGACCAGUUGUUAAAGUGUCAGUGUAAACAUUUUCACACAACCAAUGAGCAGCAUGUCUUCUCAAACAAAAACGAUUCUUCAGAAGAAAAAUGUGUAUCAUCAAGGAGCUCAGAAGAUUUGGCGAAUGAUUGGGCCUCUAUGAACGUUGUCUGUCUCAAAUAUCAUUAUGAAGAACUAUCAGCGCGAUAUGAUGUUUUAUUACGCGAGUAUGACGAACGUUGUAAUCUAGAAACCUCCCACAAGGAAACAAUCAGUAGAUUACGAAAUCGUAUGAAAAGAAACCAUACAAAUCUUAUUGAAGCUAACAAAGCAUUAUUAGCGGUUGGCGAAAAAUACAUGAAGCUUAGACAGAAAAAACUUAUAGAGAAGGAGUGGUUCGAACAUCGCAUAGAACAAUUGAAGCAGCGUAUAGAGGAUGUUGUUAGAACAGCGGAAAGAGCGCGGCUUGAACUCGAUGAUCAGUUAAAUAAUUGUCAUGAAGACAACGUUUCGCUGUCGCUUCUUGUGGAAGAGGUAAGAAAAUGCAAUUUGUCAUUUUUAGAGAACAUUCAAAUGAAGUCUAAUGUUUAUGAAUGA